GAUUGGUUGGGCCGGCUGACGUAUUUCGUUAGGACCGCCUAUGGUAGGUCGGUGUAACCGUAGCCCGGCGGUUCAGCACAGAGGACUACAGCGCAGAAAGCCGAGGCUCCGUCUGACGCGAGGAGCGGUCUGCAGGUGUCGAGGGGAUUUUUCCGUGUGUUUGAGUAGCACAACCGUUUAAAUCCCCUCAGCGUCCCCUCUUUAAAGCGCCGGAGCCCCUCUCACGGACCUCACGUAGGAUUUAACCGUUUCCACGUCCCAACACCUUUCUGGGAAUAUAUUAGUGCUUGGUUUGUGUCGGGACUAAACAAAUAAUAAGGAAGAAAAGCAGUGGAAAAAGACCACGGAACCGACUGACCGCUUUCUGUUCUGCACGCGUCGCAGGCUCUCGAAUGGACCCGCAGCCGAGCGCGCCCCCGAUGAACCUGCACAUCCACUCCACCACGGGCACGCGCUUUGAGCUCUGCCUCCCCGCAGAGGAGACCGUGGAGGGGCUCAAGAGGAGGCUGUCUCAGAGGCUCAAGGUGCCCAAAGAGAGACUUGCACUGCUUCACAAAGAGACGCGCCUGAGUUCAGGGAAGCUUCAGGACUUGGGCAUUACAGAUGGGAGCAAGUUAACUCUUGUUCCAACAGUUGAAGCAGGUCUAAUGUCUCAAGCAUCAAGACCUGAGCAGUCAGUAAUGCAGGCUUUGGAGAGUCUGACUGAAACACAGGUCAGUGACUUCCUGUCUGGUCGCUCUCCUCUGACUCUGGCCCUGCGUGUGGGUGAUCACAUGAUGUUUGUCCAGCUGCAGUUGGCAGCACAGCAUUCGGGCAACCAGCAGUCGCAACAUCGGCAUCUAGUCACACGUAGUAGCUCUGAUGGCACAACAGGACAUUCAGCAGGCGCUGCAGCUAUUACUGGCGCUCAGAGCCGACUAUCUCUCAAUCCUCACCAACACACACACACACACCAUUCACAAACACUUCCACCGAGCCCUGUAAGCCCUACACCAUUUCCUUCUUCCCCAUCUGGCCACUCUAUGCCCCCUAUGUAUCCCGCCUCAACGUCCAGGCACUGCAGUACCACACCCCGCACAUCGCAUCUCCCAGAAGGCAUCUUCCGUUCACAGCAACCCUUGUUGGCUUGUCAAAGCGCUGCUAGCAGCUCUAGCUCUACUGGCCCCUGUCCAGAGGGAAACUGCACCACAAAGGCUACAGGCAACUGCAGCACACCGUCUCGUUCCCGUAAACCAGGUGCUAUUAUUGAAAGCUUCGUCAACCAUGCUCCUGGAGUCUUCUCUGGAACAUUUUCAGGCACUUUGCACCCAAACUGCCAGGAUAGCAGUGGGCGUCCGCGGCGUGACAUCAGCACCAUUUUGCAGAUCUUGAAUGACCUCCUGAGUGCCACACGCCAUUACCAGGGCAUGCCUGCCUCUCUCACACAGCUCCGUUACCAGACACAGUGUGGCGGUGUGGCAUCUCCGAUGCCCUCGCCACCACCUUCACCUCCAUCCACAGCCGAGAUUGCCAGCAUAUCCUCUAAAGCUACCUCUGUGCCAUCUGUGAGCCAGGCACCUCUCCACCCACUGGUGCAGUGCCAGAGCCAAGUUCGAAUGUGCAAACCUCCCGGUGACAGACUUAGGCAGACAGAGAACCGAGCAACACGCUGUAAGGUGGAGCGACUGCAGCUGCUUAUGCAGCAGAAGCGUCUAAGGCGGAAGGCUCGGAGGGACUCUCGUGCUCCCUACCAGUGGCUCCCCAACCGUAAGGCUGGACGCAGCAACAGCAACAGCAGCAUGUCUAGCGAAGGCUCACUCGACCUGGACUUUGACGACUCUGUAUGGAAACCUGACGUCAAGGCCGACAUGAAGUCUGAGUUCAUCAUGGCCUGAAACAUCCAUGUCUUAACCGAGAAGCUGCGGUGGAGUUAGCUUUUAUGUACAGGAACAGGAAUAAUAUGAGACUGUAAGGCUGGUGUUGACUGAGGAAAAACCCCAAAAGCAUCAUACGCUUCCCUUUAAACAGACUUGUUUCACAAAGGAAGUUAACUGACCUUUACCAUGUAUCCCUGUCAGUCUAUGAUUACAAAAAUGGACUGAAAAACCUGACACAAGAAGUAAAAGCAAGAAAGGAGCAUAGCAGACUACAAUGGUAUAGGGUAUUUUCAUUUUCUAUCUCCUUUCCCCAGGAGAACACAGGGAUGGAAAUCCAUCCAGGGCAAAUGCAGCUAUCACAAAAAAGAAAACCUAUCAAGAAACCCCAUGUUUUUUUUCUGUUCUUUCUUUCUUUCUUUUUUUUUUUUCCCACAGGGGCAUUCACAAUUUACGAGCCAUGAAGCAGAUCUUGAAUGGGGAUGAUUUUUUGUUUAUGCUUUUAUUACUAUUAAUCAAUUUACUGUUUUGAAACAAAUAUGUAGCAUUACCCACAUAGCAUUCAGGUUUCUAAUCUUACGGAUGAGGAGGUUUUAUUUCAGAUAUCUUUUGAUUUUGAAAUGGUACAGCUUGGUGUAGUGACAGGUUUAAAGAGCAAAACACAAAUUGUAAAGACAGCCAGAUUUCAUCUUCAAAAAAGUUCAGUCGAAUUUGACAUAUUUACCUGACAUAUAGGCUAUUUACCUAAGCAGCCAGAGUUACUUUUCCAGUGCAUUUACCACAAAAGUGUCCAGAAAAAUUGUCUCUCUGUACUCGUGAGAAAAUUAACAUAUCCUUAAAGCUUUUGAGCCCAUCCUUCCACAUGAGAAGUCUCCUGUCUUGUCUAUGUGAUGGUAGUCUCUUGAGAAAACCUUUUGCAAAUUGCUCUUAAGUGAUGGCCUACUUAAAUUACCCUUGUUUAAGCCCCUCAUUCUGUCUUGUUAGAUGGAGAAAGAGGAGAACAAUAGGCCUACAGCUGCCAUCUUCCCCUGCUCAAUAGUGCCUCAUGGGUAGAUGCACUAACAUCCAAUUAGGCCUUCCACAGACCCACAAGUCUGCUGCAACACAGGUCUUUACUUUGCAUGCAAUUGUGUGAAUUAGGCUAAUUUCAUUAUUAUUUUUUUUUUUUUGUAAAAAAAAAAUAUAUAUCUAUAUAUAUAUAUAAUGCAGGAACACAGGUGCUUAAAAAGAAAAAUGCAUGAAUGAAUUUGUAUUUAAAAAAAAGGAAUUUGCUUGGGAUUUGCUUAAAAGAAAUGGCGUUACAUAUCAGUGACGAACCAAACCCCAGGACAGGACUCUUUUGGUUGUUUCACAUUGUUCAUGGAUCAUUCCCGGACUGAUGAGCUUGGAGCAAAUGAACAUUUUUAGCAACCCAGCAAAAAUGAGCCUCUAAACAGGAGCCACAAUGAUGUUGGACCAGCAUCUACUCCUACUGACUCGAGACUAUAGUCAAAAAUUAAAAAAAAAAAAGUGAAAAGAAGACCACGAUUGCACUCACUGAGUUUGCAAUGAGAUUACCUGCCUGAAUUGAACCUAGUCUUUUUUUUUUUUUUUUCCCUUUUUUUUUCAAGUGGCCUUAACUUUCACAGACAUACACUUAGGGACUAGGGGAUUAGAUGGGGAUUUUUUUUUUUUUUUUUUGCUGUUGUUGCUGUCUUUUUUUGUGUGUGUAUGUGCAUUUUUGUCAAAACAUAAUUUCCUCCAGUUAUUUGGGCAACUCUCAUUUCUUGAAGGUGGAGGCUCUAAUAUGUAAAGGCUUCUGUGCCUUAAAAAUUGCCCUUUGGUAAAGGAGGGGGGAGAAAGCAGGUCCGUCGGCAAUGAAAUCAUGAGCUCUGGUUGAAUUAUUGGUAUAUAUAUAUUUUUUUUUUUUCUUCCUCAAAAGUUCAGCACUACCUGGAAGUAAUGGCAAUGGCUUAGUGUGCUCCAUUCUUUGUUGUAAAAAUCAAGUCCUUUUAAGCCCUAAUCUGUCCUACCACCAAGAAGCUAAAAAGCAACAAAUUUGCAAAUUUAUAAAUGAAAGGAAAAGAAAAAAAAACUCUCAAAAAAUAGUAAUAAUAAGGAAGGUGCAGCUGUAGUGCUGCAGCAACAAAGUGCCCUGACUCCUAAUGGAUGUGUCCUUUAAGGACAAGUUACUACAUGCACUUCCUUCCUCCUCACUUCAUAGGACAAAAUGUCCCAUCCAAAAGCAUUUUAAUUUCCAUAUCUUUAUCAAAUAUACUCUGUGUGUGCCUCAUGUGAAAUGACGAAAAAAAGAAGAAAAAAAAAUUGAGUUAGGCUUGAGAGUGGGCUGUUAAAGGGGACUGGACUGGGGAGGGGGGCAUUUCUAAACCGUUUGUUGAAGUUCACAUCAUUUGAGUUGCCUGUUCUUUCUUGUAGCCAACAAUUAAAGAUAACAAGAGUCAAAAAUACAAUGUUCUAGCUAUAGGCCGGUGUAGCACAUGUGUGACUGUAUUAAUUUAUAAAAACCAAAAUGGUAACUGUGAAUUAUGUAUUUCUUUGUGCAGUUUUUUUAAGUGGGAGAAGGCGAAACAGGGCAUGUGCCCUGAUUUGUUUUUGUGGAAUAUAAUGGAAAUAAUCAAGUUUAAAAACAACAACAAAAGAAAGUAUCUAAAUAUAUUUUUUUCUUAAGCAAUACAUUUCAGUGUGACUUGUGAUAGGACAUUUUCUUUUUUUAGGUAAUAAAUUGAAAGAAAGCA